GCGUCCAUGUUAAAAGCAUCAGGUGCCAAGUUAUUUCCAUGGAAGAACUGGGAUGAGUGGUACCAAGUUGUAGAUCACUUGUUUCAAGGUGACCUUUCCCAAGUACUCGAGUCACUGCAAAUUGUAUCCCACUGGAGACAAAAAAUGGCCAUCCCUGUGGCAGUGGACUCCGGAGCUCAGUUGGUAGAAUUAUGUUGGAAACAAGACUCUAUCACGGAGCCCAUAUUUUCCUUGGCUUUAGCUUGUGCCAUUGUUCGAUUGGUAAACGGAAUGGUGGAUAACAUGCAAGAGUCAUCGUAUGCUGUAUCAGUAACAGGGUUAGCUUCACAGUUGGGGUUACCCGUAUUCGUUGCGGAAAUGCGCCACGAUAUCUCUCACAACGCAUUGCCUUCCAGGGAAGCUUUGUUAUUUGCUACCAAAGAGUGUCUCCAAUGGUUGAAGAAACAUUAUUUCUUUGCGCAGUGGGAACAACUUGUCCCUAUAAAUCAUAAUAUUUUGUCAUACUUGCAAUUAUAUGAGGACUCUUCGAAACAGGUAUGGAUUCUCAUGACGAAGAUAGUCUUCCUAAUUGUGUUUCUCAGGAUGGUUGUUCCAAAGAAAGGAAACGCUCAUUAGCUAUACAAAUAACCAAAAAUAUUUCAGGCUCCAGUGUUGGUAGCUUACUAUUUCCUGCAUUGGUGAAUGAUUACUU